UGAAGUGAAGGGGGGAAUUUAUGGAGUUGCAGGCAGAAACUGCCUGAUUUGGGCUUUGAUGGGCCAAUGUAAGAAAGGAGCAGAGUAGGUUUGUAUUCUACGUCGAUGUUUGGGAAUGAACGAAGCAUGUUGAGGAGGGUGGUACCCGUAGCUGGGUUCAUUUCUAGGAGGUUACGAGCAGUGCGGCAAGUGCAUGGAGAUGGAGAUAGAGAUGGAGUUGGCGAAGAGCGUUUACAUUUUCACAAGAGCAAAGGUCAACACAUUCUCAUCAACCCUAGAAUUCUUGAUACCAUCGUUCGCAAAUCCGCCAUAAAUCCAACCGACACUGUCCUCGAAAUCGGACCUGGCACCGGCAACCUCACCCUCAAGCUUCUCGAAGCUGCGCACAAGGUAGUAGCAUUCGAGAUUGACCAUCGCAUGGUCCAGGUUCUCGAGAAGCGCGCUCUUAGACAAGGUCUCAAAGAUAAGCUCAGGGUUAUACAAAAAGAUGCAAUGAAAGUCCUGUUCCCGCGGUUUGAUCUUGUUGUGGCCAACAUUCCUUAUCAGAUAUCUUCCCCUCUCGUGAUCAAACUGGUGUAUGGGCCGAGGCCGUUUCGGAGUGCCACGCUUCUUCUUCAGAAAGAGUUCGCUCGAAGGUUGUUGGCUAAUCCCGGUGACUCUGAGUUUAGCCGGCUGUCGGUGAAUGUGAAGCUUCUGGCUGAUGUAGAGCUUGUGAUGAAUGUAAGCAAGAGGGACUUUCUCCCUUCCCCCAAAGUUGACUCUUCUGUGGUCAUAAUCCGCCCUAAGCCUCAGGUUCCCAAUGUGGAUCUCCGUGAGUGGAGGGCUUUCACCUCGAAUUGUUUUAAUAACCGUUACAAGACACUGGGGGCAAUUUUUAAGAAUAAGAGGAAAGUCUUUGAGUUGCUCAAAAUCUCUAAUGAAAACGAUAAAGCUUCUUCCCACAAGGGUGAUGAUGCUGAAGAUGAAGGAGGCUUUAUCUCCUUCAAGGAAAAGAUUAUUGGGGUGCUUAGAACGGGAGAGUUUGAAGAUAAAAGGCCUGUAAAACUUUCUAUCGAGGAGCUUCUGCAUUUGCUCUCUUUGUUCAAUCAAGCUGGCAUUUAUUUUGCAAACCAUGGACAUCUCAAGAGGGAAGAUAGGUUUGAUGCCGAUGAUUAGUGCACCCUGCCUUUAUGUUUAUCAACGGCUCUGUAUAACACUAUCAUUGUUUCUUUUUUUUACUAGAAUUCAAGCCUUCUUCAUUUGGUAAUAUUUUUGAGACAAAAAAAAUCACGAGGGAGCGAGAAAGAAUAUGGGAAGGGAGAACAGUUAACUCUAACCAUUUAGUCUGGAUUGAUUGGUCAAGAUUGGUUUUACUUAAAUAAAGCAGCAUCAUAACAUUGAAGGAC